AAUAGCCAGGCAAGAAAUUGAAAGAACGUUCCAAGGGAAUGGAACAUGAGAGAUGUGUGUGCAACCCCGAGCCAUGCAGAUCCUGGCACCUCUAACUCCCUCAGCUCAGAGCUGCUCACCUGCAGCCCCCAGCACCGGAAAGCAACAUGGUCAGGAGGCGUGAAACUUCGGCUAAAGCAGAGGUGCAGUGAACCUGCCACUCGCCCUCACUCCUGGCAUACCACCAAACUUGGGGAGACCCAGCCUGAUGUCAGCAUGAUGCAAAUAUCUCAGGGCACAGUGGGCCCUCCUUGGCACCAGAGCUACCAUUCCAGCUCUUCUACGAGUGACCUCUCCAACUAUGACCAUGCUUAUCUGAGGCGGAGCCCUGACCAGUGCAGCUCCCAGGGGAGCAUGGAAAGCCUGGAGCCCAGUGGCGGAUACCCACCCUGCCAUCUUCUUUCUCCUGCCAAGUCCACGAGCAGCAUCGACCAGCUAGGCCACCUUCACAAUAAGAGAGACUCGGCAUAUAGCUCCUUCUCCACCAGUUCUAGCAUCUUUGAGUACCCACCCCCUGGUGGCUCUGCCCGAGAACGUUCAAGUUCCACGGAUAUGAUUUCUGCCCGGGGUGGCCUUCUCGAAGGGAUGAGGCAGGCAGACAUUCGCUAUGUCAAGACAGUCUACGAUACCCGGAGGGGAGUAUCUUCUGAGUAUGAGGUGAACCCUUCAGCCUUGCUUCUUCAAGGUAGGGAUGCCCACACCUCAGCCGAUAGUCAGGGCUGUGCUAAAUGGCAUAGCAUUCCUCGGGGCAAGGGAACGCCUUCCCUGUCCUGGAGCCAGCAGUGUUCUGGUUCCCUGGAGACUGCUACUGACAACCCGCCCCACAAGGCAGGUGCACCCAUGCCCCCAACCCGCAGUGAUAGUUAUGCAGCUUUCCGCCAUGGCGAGCGUCCCAGCUCCUGGUCCAGCCUUGAUCAGAAGAGGUUCUACCGGCCUCAGACAAACUCUUCAGGCUCCCAGAAAACCCCAUUCCUGGAGGAACAACUGCAUACAGUCCCAGAGAGGAGUCCAGAGAACAGCCCCCCAGUGAAACCUAAGCAUAAUUAUACCCGGAAGACGCAGCCUGGCCAACCUCUGCUGCCCACUGGCAUCUAUCCGGUACCUUCUCCAGAGCCUCACUUUGCCCAGGUGCCCCAGCCCUCUGUGAGUAGUAAUGGUACAGUCUACCCUGCACUAGUCAAAGAGAGUGGAUACACAGCUGCUCAGGGAACUUGUAACAAGAUGGCUGCCUUAGAUGAGAACGGAAAUCAAAAAGAAGCUAGCAGGCCUGGGUUUGCCUUCUGUCAGCCCCUAGAACAGGACUCAGUGACUCUUGUGGAGAAAAAGCCAGAGCCCGCGGCCAAAUACCUCUACAAAGUCCAUUUUUCUUCAGUGCCUGAAAAUGAAGACUCUUCCCUAAAGAGACACGUCACAUCUCCCCAUGGCAAUAGCCCAUAUCCCAGUGAGAGAAAGAACAUUCAUGGUGGCAGCAGACCAUGUUCUAAUCAGCACAGUCUCGCAUCCCCUCAGGCCCAGGCCAUGCUCGUGGGUGAUGACAGGAAGCCUUCCAGGCUCUUUCAGCCUUGGGAUGGAGACUUUCAGGAAGAUCACAAUGCCAACCUCAGGCAGAAAGUAGAGAGGGAAAGCCAAGGCCAGGGCUUGUCAGGCAACUUUGGCAGAACCAAGUCGGCCUUCUCAUCUCUCCAGAAUAUUCCGGAGAGUCUAAGAAGACCAAGCAGCGUGGAGCUCGGAGAAGCCCCGGAGGUUUACCCCGGUGGCAGGUCCACCUGUGCCCCCACCACCAAGGUGGAGGACCCUGGAAGGAAAGCAGGGCCCGACCACAGAGGCUUCCUGGAUAGGUCUGUUUCCUAUCCAAGGCCCGAGGGGAAAAUGAACGCUGUAGAAUCUUUCCACAGUGCAGACUCCAGGUAUGAAGAGCCCCCGGCCCCACCGCUGCAGCAGCAGCAGCAGCAGCACCAGAGGCGCCUGAGCGCCAGCAGCACGUCUGCCCUGCAGUACAGGAAGCCCCACUGCUCCGUGCUGGAGAAGGUUUCUAAAAUAGAGGAGCGAGAGCAGGGGCGCCACAGACCCCUGAGUGUGGGCAGCUCCGCUCACGGCCUCAGCUACAGGCCCAGUAGGACCGGCCCGACUCCCAGUACUUUCUCCAGUGACCUUGACGAGCCAAAAGCAAGCAGCGUCCAUGGCCCUGAGUCCACUGAGCACCUGCGCAAUGGGGAGCAGAACCCCCCAAACGGGGAGUCUAAGCAGGAAGAGGCCUCCUGGCAGCACUGCGGCCAGCUGCCGAGGAGGGCCACUGCAGAUGGCCGAGGGCCUCCUGCCCGAGGCAGUGAGCCCCCGAGGCCGGAGGCCCGCCUGCUCCGCAGCCAGAGCACCUUUCAGCUCGUCAGCGAGGCGGAGAAAGAAGCCUCCUGGCCGGAGGACAGGCCCAGCACCCCCGAGUCGCCCCUGCUGGACGCGCCCUUCAGCCGCGCCUACAGGAACAGCAUCAAGGACGCCCAGUCCCGCGUCCUGGGAGCCACGUCGUUUCGUCGUCGAGACCUGGAACCGGGCACCGCCGCGACCUCGAGGCCCUGGCGCCCGCGACCUGCCUCUGCCCACGUGGGGAUGCGGAGCCCGGAGGCCGCGGCGCCCUCGUCCUCCCCGCACACCCCUCGGGAGCGACACAGUGUGACCCCGGCCGCGGGGACCCCGCCCGCACCCCAGGCUGCCCGCAGAGGGCCACGCCGGCGGCUCACGGCCGAGCAGAAGAAGCGCUCCUACUCGGAGCCUGAGAAGAUGAACGAGGUGGGGGUCUCGGAGGAGGCCGAGCCCGCGCCCCGCGGCCCACUGAGGCCCGCGCAGCAGCGCUUCUCGGAGAGCACCGUGGCCGACCGGCGCCGCGUCUUCGAGCGCGACGGCAAGGCCUGCUCCACGCUCAGCCUGUCGGGCCCCGAGCUGAAGCAGUUCCAGCAGAGUGCCCUGGCCGACUACAUCCAGCGCAAGACCGGCAAGCGGCCCUCCGGAGCCGUGCACGCCGGAGCCCGGGCUGCGCGAGCGCGCACAGAGCGCCUACCUCCAGGCGGGCCCCGCGGCGCCCGAAGGCCCCGGCUGGCCUCCGCCUGCAGCCUGAGCUCGCUGCGGGAGCCCGAGGCGCUGCCCCGCAAGGAGCACCCCCAUCAGUCCGCCGCAGAUGGACCACAGGCACCCCGAGAUCGCAGCAGCUCCUUCGCCAGCGGACGCCUAGUCGGGGAGCGACGACGCUGGGAUCCUCAGGCCCCCAGGCAGCUGCUCAGCGGACCGAGGGGUGUCCAGAGGAUGGACAGGACCCCUGGCGGGCCGCCUUCCUGGGGCAUGGUGGCCGGGAAGGCGGGGAAGUCCAAGUCAGCCGAGGAUUUGCUGGAGCGCUCGGAUUCCCUGGCGGUCCCUGUGCAUGUGAGGUCCAGGUCGUCUCCCACCUCCGACAAGAAAGGUCAGGAUGUGCUCCUGAGGGAAGACAGUGGCUUUGGUCUUGUGAAGGAUCCAUGUUGUUUGGCUGGCCCUGGGUCUAGGUCUCUCAGCUGCUCAGACAGAGGCCCAAAAGAGCUGCCAUUACCCCUGUACCAUCCCAUGCCUUGCUGGAAUGGCUCAUCCUGCAAAGCCGCUGUGGGUUCCUCAGCUCCUAUGGAAUCUUCUGGAGCCUCAGAUCAUCUGAAGCAACUUAGAGCCCCUGGCCCUAGGCCGCUUUCGGCAGGAAUACACAGCCACUUCCCAGAUGCCAGAGCUGCUUCGGUGGCCCCACUCAGCUCCCCUCUGCCAUCAGGGGUCCCCUCCAGUUACUGCUCACAGCCUGCCAUGGAUCAGCAGACUGGGCAACAGCCUCUCCCAUCUCCUGCUUCUGCAGUGACCCAGCCUCCCAGCCCAGGAAGCCAUGAGCUCAACAGUCCAGCGUAUGGGCUAGAGGAGGGAAUGUGGAAGAGGGUGUCCCUGCCUCAGCGACCCUCUCCACCUUGGGUGAAGUGGGCCCACGCAGUCAAAGAGGACAGCCUUGCCAAGGAUGCCUCAGUGCCUGAGUUUGCAAGCCAGAAGCACUGUAAACAGCAGCCGAGUCUUCCGAGUUCCUGCAGCACUUCUGACCCAGACACUCCAGGAAGGAUCUCUCUCCGGAUAUCAGAGUCAGCCCUUCAAGCAUCCCCACCGCCCCGGGGGGACUAUGAUGAUGAAGUCUUCAUGAAGGACGUACACCCCAAGGUUGCUUCAAGCCCCACAUUUGAAGCUCUUCCCCCACCACCACCGCCACCUCCUCCACCGAGCCAGGAACCUCUAGCAAACGGCUCAGAUGACUUUCCUCCACCUCCUCCCCAAGCCAUGUGUGAGGUGCUGCUGGAUGGUGAAGCAUCCAAGGAACCUGGCAGUGGUUUCUGCAGGCUUCCCAGGGUGACAGUCACAAGGGAAGGGCACGUGCCUGGGGCAGUCCAUUCCGAACAUAGUCAGAUAAUGACUGCCACACCACCCCAAACUUCAGCCAAAGGUUCAGAAGCCGAGUCUAACACACCUUCCAGCGUGGGUGCCCAGCCUCAGCCCAGUGGUCCUCUUGGCAAGCAGCCCGGUCCUAGCCAGACACAAAACCUCACUUACGAACCUGUUGACAGAACUCAGGAUCUAGGAAAGAAAAUACAUGCUGAGCCUCAGAAGACCUCAGAAGAUAUCCGAACAGAGGCUCUUGCCAAGGAAAUUGUCCACCAAGACAAGUCUCUGGCGGACAUUUUGGAUCCGGACUCCAGAAUGAAGACAACGAUGGACCUGAUGGAGGGUUUGUUCCCCAGAGAUGCCAAUGUGCUGAAGGACAGUGUUGCAAAGAGGAAAGCCUUAGACAUGACCGCCAGGCAUGGCGGAUGUGAAGCCAAGAUGAGCGAGCACAAGGAGGCAGCGGGUGUGCUGGUCAACUGCCCUGCUUACUACAGUGUCUCUGCUGCCAAGGCGGAACUGCUGAACAAAAUCAAAGACAUGCCACAGGAGCUGCGGGAGGAGGAGGAGCAGGAGGACGUCAAUGAGAAAAAGGCUGAGCUCAUUGGAAGCCUCACCCACAAGCUCGAGACCCUCCAGGAAGCAAAGGGGACUCUGCUCAUGGACAUCAAGCUGAACAAUGCCCUGGGAGAAGAGGUGGAGGCUCUGAUCAGUGAGCUCUGCAAACCAAACGAGUUUGACAAGUACAAGAUGUUCAUAGGGGACUUGGACAAGGUGGUCAACCUGCUGCUCUCCCUGUCUGGACGCCUCGCCCGCGUGGAGAACGUCCUCAGUGGUCUUGGUGAAGACGCCAGUAAAGAAGAAAGGAGUUCUCUGAAUGAGAAAAGGAAGGUUCUGGCUGGGCAGCAUGAGGAUGCCCGGGAGCUCAAGGAGAACCUGGACCGGAGGGAGCGCGUGGUGCUGGACAUCCUGGCCAAUUACCUGUCUGAUGAGCAGCUCCAGGACUACCAACACUUUGUGAAAAUGAAGUCCACACUCCUCAUUGAACAGCGGAAGCUGGAUGACAAGAUAAAGCUGGGCCAGGAGCAGGUCAGGUGUCUGCUGGAGUCACUUCCCUCGAACUUCAGGCCCAAGGCCGGGGCCAUCUCCCUGCCCCCUGCCCUCACCAGCCAUAUGACUCCUGGGGGCGGCUCUGUAUUGGGUGGCAUUUUCCCAACGUUGACCUCUCCUCUCUGACCUCUCCUGAAAGACCCGAGCAAAAGAUGCCACGCUCAACACUGUUUAAUAUGAAAGAUAUUUUACUACAAACUGCGGUUUGAGUUGUGGGUUAUUGGGGGCUUCCUGAGUAAAGGGAAGACACAAUCCAGGAGUCUUUCUUGCCUUUUACGGUUGGUCUUCUGCGAGCUCGCACGUUGCUAGAGCCUUCCCACUCUGUGGAAGGGAAGUCAGUGACACUGACUUGAUGGAGGGUGUCUGGUGCCGGUUCCCCAGGCUGAGGUGGCAGAGAUGAGCAUGUGGCACCCUCAGGAAUGUAUCCACGGCAGCCUUCCUUGCUGGUGGGCAGUGUACAAGUACCAGCCUGUAACACAAAGCCUUAAAAAGACACACACGUUAAGAAAACUGUAAAACCCCCAAACAUUUUUGUUAUUUAUAUUUUUAAAAAUGAAAAAGAUGAUUAUGUUUGUAUGCUAACCACUUACUUGAUUCUGUUUUGUGGUGGAUGUAGACAAUUACGUUUGAGCUUUGUAUUUCGUGAAAACCUUAAUGAAGAAUUCCAAAGAUAGUCAAAUUGAAUAUAGAGAUUUUUGUGGGCUUUUCUUCUGCUCGUUUGCUUUUUUUAAAAUGUAUUUUGUGUGUAUAUAUUUGAUGUUAGGUAGCUGGGGGUGCCGCAGUAUGCGUCUAGAGUUAGACAACUGUGUGGGUUUUGAGGCUUGAACCUGGCUCAUCAGGCUUGUGUGUCACAUACCUUCCACCCACUGAGCCCUCUCUCCAGCCCUUGUCUGAUGUUAAUAAAGACCCGUGGCCAUUCUG